UCGAUGGGACUCCUUUUCAUUUGUCCUCUCUCCUCUCUCCUCUCUCCUCUCUCCGUUUCCCCGCUCUCUCCCUCUCUCUCGUUCUUUCUCUUGUGUGCAAUCGAUGGACUACGAUUUCAGGAACCGAGCGAGUUCACCGUACGAUUCGCAGAUCCCGUCGUACAGACAGUCUGCAGUAUCAUCGGCGCCUUCUAGCCACCCGAUGUACGGACAGUCUAUUUAUCCUAGGGUUGGUCAGCCGGGGCACAAUGUGUUCCCUCCCGUGGGCCGCCAUCCCUCGCACAACCAAACAUCUGCUCCUUCACCUUCUUCGUCAGGAGUGGGGAUCAGAGUUGCUUUGAAGCCACAGUACCGUAUUUCGCCGCCACCUCGCUUAUCACCACAAGUUGGAGAUAUACCCAGGAGCAAUUUCCGGUUUGACUUUGAACUUGAGAGGAAAAUUUUGGCUGAAGCAGAGAAGGAAGGCCAGAAUUGGAGCAAGUUUGGGCUGGAAAAUCUUCCCUCUAGAACUCCAGAGAGGACAUCAUCGGUGGGUUCACCUGCAGACCCUUUGGUGAGCAAGUACAUUGCAUCAGGACUCAAUCGAGAGGCUGUUCCUAUUGCAGUUGCUAACUAUGGAGACAAUCCAACUAAGGUUCAAGAAUUCGUCAAAGGCUACUCCCUUUUACGAGAGAUGGGAUUCUCGUCGAACAAUGUUGCCGAAGCUUUACUCAUGUAUGACAAUGAUACAGAAAAGGCAUUGGCUCAUUUCCUCAAUAGUUCCUGAGCCUACUGGUGCAUGCAUCUAAUACCGGAAAUCAAGAGAGGGCAAAGGUGUACCAUUCUAGUAAGUGUAAGGGCUUUAUUGAUAAAAAAAAAAAAGAUUUAAGUGCAUUUUGAUCCCAAAAGGCUAAGUAUAGGAGUUAAUUACGUACUUACCCCUGUAUAUUAAUAUCAAGAAUCUUUGCUCCGUCGCAACAGGGUGGUGCGGUGUAA